UAUUUGUUUUGACUGGGGAUUUACUAAUACACGGGAAAGCACAUUAUUGUGGCAAUGUGGCAAUCCCUACCACCAAAAAUCCUCGACCUCCCGUCGGCCAAUGCACGCAUAACGUGCCUCCUUCGCUGCGCGCUCGUUUUACGUGGCCUUUGAACCCAUUGUUGUGUUGCAAGUGACGUCACUGCUGUGUGCAGGGAGACGGGCAGAGCGGCGUGCGCCUGGCGAGACAAAGGCGGCGGACCGGAGAGAGGGAGAAAGCGGUUAGAUACAGAGAAAUUGGGAGAUAGUUCAAAGGAAAUCUGUAGAUAGGGGACAAAUAAAUAAGUGGGAUGGUGGGAAGAUAAAAGCUGGAGAUCCGCGCGAGGUAGACUUAAAAAUUCCUGGUCCUGCUCGUGCGUUUUUAAGCUUUUUCUCCAACGCCCCCCAAAUUCCCCUGCUAGCCUCCGAGCAUCCCUAUUUCAGGACAGAAAAGAAAGAAACCGAUAGGAAGAGAAUUUGGUGGCGAGAAGGAAAAGUGAGUGAAAGCUUCCUCACGUUGAUAACGGAAAACUAUUUUCAGUUAUUGCUGGCUGUGAACUGACUUGCUAGCUAGCUAUAUAUUAAUUUCUUCAGCUGUUUGCUAGCUAGUUGGCUAGCAGUGUUAUUCUCAAACAAAGGGGACAACGUGACUAGCUAACUGGGUUGAACAAAAUAUCAAUAGCCAGUUAUUCAAAACUAUUUAAGUAGUGGUUAUACUAUUUUUUCACGGGGAACUCGGCGCAUAAUACAAAGGAAGCACUGUUUGUUUCAAAGAAGUUCGAAAGACAUUGCAAGCAAAGAUAAUUGCUUAUAAUGAUGACAGCUAUGUGCAACAUUUGAAAGAUGUGCAAACGGCAAGAGGGCAGAAAGAGAACAAACAAAUGCGAAGAGUGACUGCAAUAAAGUGACUACAUCAGGGAUCACCGAGUGUUCAGCAGAGCAGACCAGUUAGCUGGCUAACUUUGUAUGCCUUUGAUCAGUUAAACGUGCAGUUUUUCCUUUUUUUGUGUUAACCAGUUUGCAGAAAGGGCUAGGGGUUGGGAGGAGGGGUUUUCGAGCUCCACUGCGGCUGAAGUCUAAUGCUUAAACGCGGGGACUAUGCCUAGCCCCCUGUUUCACCUAGAGAUAAUGGAACACGAGAUGGUGAACGCUCAGCACAAUGGGGUCAGCUUGCCCGGGGAAACGGACGCGGAGUCGCGGGACGAAGAACACCAGGAGGCGCUCCGCUUCGCCUUCGACCAGCUGUCUCUCAUGGCUGUUGAGAAGGGGGACUGUGGCGGCGGAGCAGGGCUCGUGGACACCCUGGACGCCCCGAGCUCCAUCUCCGAGACUUGCAAUGGCGUGGGAGGCGGCGGUUACGUCGGCUUACAAAUGCUGGAGCACGCCAACGGCUCUCUCGGAUCCCCGACCUCCUGCUCCCCGUCCCCGGAAUACUACGGCACGGGCGGAUACCACAUGGCCGGCCCGCACUCCAUGCUGGGGGAGCCGAACUCCGUGCUCUGCAGUAGGAAGCGGAGCGUCAACAUGACCGAAUGUGUACCCGUCCCCAGCUCGGAACACGUUGCAGAAAUUGUAGGAAGACAAGGCUGCAAGAUCAAGGCCCUGCGCGCCAAAACCAACACGUACAUCAAGACGCCGGUGCGCGGGGAGGAGCCGGUGUUCAUCGUGACCGGCCGCCGCGAGGACGUGGAGAUGGCCAAGCGCGAGAUCCUGUCGGCGGCCGAGCACUUCUCCAUGAUCCGCGCGUCCCGCUGCAAGGCGGGCGCGGCCGGGGCCGCGGGCGCGGGGAGCCUGCCGGGGCCCCCACACCUGCCGGGCCAGGUGACCAUCCAGGUGCGCGUGCCGUACCGCGUGGUGGGGCUGGUGGUGGGGCCCAAGGGCGCCACCAUCAAGCGCAUCCAGCAGCAGACGCACACCUACAUCGUGACGCCAAGCCGCGAGAAGGACCCGGUGUUCGAGGUGACGGGCAUGCCGGAGAACGUGGACCGCGCGCGGGAGGAGAUCGAGACGCACAUCACGCUGCGCACCGGCGCCUUCGUCGACCUGCAGGGCGACAACGACUUCCACAGCAACGGCACCGACGUCAGCCUGGAGGGGCUGAGCUCGCUCGGGCUGGGCGCCGCCCUCUGGUCCCGGGCCAACCCCCCCACCGCCACCCCGCCGCCGCCGCCCCCGCCCCCUCCCCCGCCCGGCAGGAAGAUGAGCUCCGCCGCGUUCCACGCCGCCGGGCUGGGCUCGGAGUCCUGCGGGGGCGGGGGCGUGGCCGGGGCCCGGGGCCCCCCGGAGAACGGGAGCCCCACCAGCCCCUUCAGCACGGGCAGCGGGGGGGGCGGCUUCACCUUCGCGGGCGACCCCUCGCCCUGCCUGCCGCCGGCCCCGCCCUCCGCCGCGGACGAGCUGGGGUUCGAGUUCGGCUCCGCCCACAUCUGGGCGCCAUUUGCGAACGGCGGGCCGCAGCAGCGGCGGAACAGCAGCGGGCCGGGCGGCGGCGCCAGCGGCACCACCCCCCGCCUGUCCCCCACCCUCCCCGCCGAGCCCGCGCUGGAGCACCCGCUGGCCCGCCGCGCCCAGAGCGACCCGCUCAGCGCCCUCUCCUGGCUGCAGGCGGGCGGUGCGGCCUCCUUCUCCGGCGGCAGCAGCAGCAGCAGCGGCGGCAGCACCACGGGCUACUCUUCCUCCUGCUCGGCCUCCUCGCUCCCCGGGGGCUCACCCACCGACUCGGAGGGGGGCGGCAGCGGCGUGGGCGGGGCCGGCGCCGGGCUGCUCAGCCGCUUUAAGGCCGGGGGGGUCGUGGCGGCGGCGGUGGGGGGCGGGGCCGGGAUGGCGUUGGCGGCCGCUAACAGGGACUGCUACGUGUGCUUGGAGAGCGAGGUGACGGCAGCCCUGGUGCCCUGCGGGCACAACCUGUUCUGCAUGGACUGCGCCGGGCACAUCUGCCAGUCCAGCGACCCCGAGUGCCCGGUCUGCCGCACCCCCGCCACCCAGUGCAUCCGCAUCUUCUCCUAAUGCCCCCCGCCCCGCCCCCAAACCCCCGCAGGAGGCAGCCAGGCGGAGGGGGGGGGGGCGCAGGUAAUUCGGGGACUGGGCGGGGUGGAGGGGGUUCAGUGACUCUGCUCUGGUUCUCUCUGUUCUCUCCUGUGAUUGACAGCUGGGCUCUGACGCCCAAUGGGAAAAAAUGGCGCCAUGCAGCUGUUACAGACUCACAAAUGUUACAAACGUAGUUUCGUUUUUUUUGUUGGUUUUUUUUUUUUUGUUCUGUCUGUGAAAACAAAAGAGAAUGUCUCUUGAAAUGGUGCAAGACUGGUUGGUUUUUUUCAGGGCGGACUUUGAAACUUUGAAUGAAACCAUUCUGUCUUAUCUCCAGGCAUUAAUCCGACGCAGUUUGGUGUGUGUUUGCGUGUACAUUGUAUGUAUAUAUGUACAUAUGUAUGUGUAUAUACAUAUAUACGCAUAUGUAUUUUGUCUAGCUUCAGGUCUGUGCGUGCAUUACACACAGGAUUCCUUUCGGACGUUUCCUUACUUGGAGGUAUUUUUUAAUUGAGCAGCGAAGGUCUGGCGCACUUUUUUAAAAAUGCUUUUUUUAAGAUGUUCAAUUCCUGAGUAGGACGGGGAUCAGAUUUUUUUGGUUAAAUAUUUUUUUAAGCAGAGUUUUAUCUUGUACAGAUUUUAGUGCAUUUUUUGCAUGUCGGAUGGCAAUAUUUUGGGGGACCCCUGAGAGGACAGGGAACAAUCUUUCUUUUAUUAUUAUUAUUGUUGUUAUUAUUAUUAUUAUUAUUAUUGUCUUUUUCCGGCUCAAGCGGGGGGACCCUUUUGAAGAAGAGGACGGUCGGCCACGCCCAGUUUAAGGCCGGCGCGCACUACGGGUUGUGGCUCGAGGCUUUGAGUGAGAUUUGUGGGCGCCCCAAUCGUCCUGUCCGCGCUCCUUGCGUAUGUAUAAAGUUUAACGCUACGAACUGAAACAAAGGACUGCACCACAAUGUACAUCAAACCAAAAUAUUAUGGCAAGAUUUUAGUGCUUUUUAAAAAAAUUGAAUAAAAUACUAAUGGAAUAAA